AUGGCUUCACAAGACAAUAUCAGCACACUUGCCAAUGGGCAACCUAGCGACAACCCAGGGUCUGUGCAGCAAAUACGCUAUGGCAAUAGCAAUGGUGGCUUAGUUGUUCUGAGUGAUACUCAGACCGUCGAAGUACUUGCCCACUUCGCUCGGGAGCGUAUCCCCGAAAGAAGUGUCCAUGCAAAGGCCGCCGGUGCCUUUGGCGAAUUCGAAGUGCUCGAGGAUUUGUCCGACUUGACAGAUGCAAAGUUCCUCUCUGGAAUUGGCAAGAAGACUCCCAUUUUAACUCGCAUCUCAACCGUUGGUGGGGAAAAAGGUUCUAGCGAUACUGUUCGCGAUGUGCGAGGAUGGGCAACCAAGUUUUACACGGAGGAGGGUGUUCAGGACUUCGUCUUCAACGAUCUUCCGGUGUUCUUCAUCCGAGAUCCCAUCAAAUUUCCGUCGAUGAACCGCAGCCAUAAGCGACACCCCCGAACCAACGUCCCAGAUAAUGCCAUGUUUUGGGAUUUUCACAAGAACAACCCAGAGGGGAUCCACGCCCUCAUGCACCUUUUUGGACGGCGAGGUAUUCCCGAGACGAUCAAAAACAUCAACGGCUUUAGUGUUCAUACGUAUACUCUGAACAAGGCAGACGGAAGCUAUGUAUAUGUCAAGUGGCACUUCAGGCCUGACGAUGGUAUCAAAACCAUGGAUGCAGAAACUGCUGCACACCUCGCUGGAACAGAGCCUGAUUAUCAUAUCAAGGGCCUGUUUAACUCCAUUGAGAAAGGAGAAUACCCCACUUGGACAGUCUGCAUUCAGACGAUGACGCCAGAAGAAGUUGCCACGGCGCCAAUUGAUAUUUUCGAUUGCACGUACACUUGGCCGCACGAAAGGUAUCCGCUGCGUCGAGUUGGCCGUUUGACAUUGAACAAAAAUCCGGACAAUUACUUCCAAGAUAUUGAGCAGGCAUGCUUCUCGCCAUCCAACAUGGUGCCGGGCGUUGGGCCAUCCGCAGACCCCGUUCUGCAAGCAAGAAUGUUUAGCUACCCGGAUGCGCAUCGCUAUCGCGUUGGCCCAAACUACUUCCAGCUCCCUCCCAACCGGCCCAAGAAUCCUGUCUACGCCCCAUACGUUCGUGAUGGCCCUGGCACUAUGAAUGGGAACUAUGGCAGCGACCCGGACUAUGUCUUCUCGGAGCUCCGCCCGGUCGCCCAGAGCAAGAGAGUCCAAAUGCCGACCCAUGAGCUGUGGACGGGCAAUGUGACUGCAUUUACCACGACUGUUACUGACAAAGAUUUCGAACAGGCUCAAAGCCUGUACAAAAUUAUUUGCAGCGAGCCAAACGGACAAGAGCAACUCCUGGAGAACCUGGAACAGUCGCUGCAAGGCGUCCCAGAAAAGCUUGCUGGCGAAGUUCUCGACUAUCUCGGACAUGUCCAUCAAGACAUAAAGAACGCCCUUCAAAAGAGGCUGUCCAAAUAG